GGUAAUUCGGCGGUCUGCAUUUGUUCGAAUUUAACUGUACGUACGCCAUGCAAAAUUUUGCUAAACAAUUUUGAUCUAGAAGUUUCAUUGAAAAGUGUCUUUUUAUGUGAAUAGUCAACUGAUUUGUGAAUGUUUAAUGUGUUAAAACUUAGAAGAAAGUCAGAGAAUGUCUGCAAAGAGUUCAAUUCAGGUGUGCAUCAAGGUGCGCCCCUGCGAGGCCGGCAAUACAUCGGUGUGGGAAGUGAAGGAGUCCCGCUCCAUACGCCUUAUCGACAACCAAGCCGAUCCGUGUGUCUUCGACUAUGUGUUUGAUCAGAAUGGAAAUAACCAGGAUGUGUUUGACCGCAUGGCCAAGCACAUUGUCCAUGCCUGCAUGCAGGGCUUCAAUGGUACUAUUUUUGCCUACGGCCAGACGUCAUCAGGCAAAACGUACACAAUGAUGGGCGACAGGGAGAACCCGGGGGUAAUGGCUCUUGCUGCUAAGGAGAUCUUCAAGCAGAUAGCCAACGACAACGAUCGCGAGUAUUUGCUUAGAGUGGGCUACAUUGAGAUCUACAACGAGAAAGUCUACGAUCUGCUGAACAAGAAGAACCAGGACCUCAAGAUACACGAGGCCGGCAAUGGCAUUGUGAAUGUGAAUUGCGAGGAGUGCAUCAUAACCAGCGAGUCGGAUCUGCUGCGGUUCCUCAGCAUGGGCAACAAGGAGCGCACUGUGGGCGAAACCAACAUGAACGAGCGCUCCAGUCGCUCCCAUGCCAUCUUUCGCAUCAUCAUCGAGUCGCGCAAAAGCGAUCGCACUGUGGACGAUGCCGUUAUUCAGAGUGUCUUGAAUUUGGUGGACUUGGCCGGUUCUGAGCGGGCCGGGCAAACAGGUGCGAGCGGGACUCGCCUCAAGGAGGGGAGCCACAUAAACAAGAGUCUUCUGUUCCUCAGCAACGUGAUCAUGAAUCUGUCCGAAAACGUGGACAAUAGGUUCAUAAGCUUCCGCGACUCCAAAUUGACGCGGAUACUGCAGGCUUCGCUAGGAGGCAACGCCUUCACGUCCAUCAUAUGCACCAUCAAACCCUCGAUUGUAGAGGAGUCGCUAUCGACAAUCAAUUUCGCUAUGCGCGCCAAGAAGAUCCGCAUCAAGCCUGAGGUCAACGAGAUGGUCUCCGAUGCAACAAUGAUGAAGCGGCUGGAGCGGGAGAUCAAGGAGCUCAAGGACCGCCUGGCCGAGGAGCAGCGCAAGAACGAGAGCCAGCUAAAGGUGAAGCAGCUUGAAAGCCGCAUCCAGAAUGACAUGCUUAAGAUCAUCACUAGCGACUCGCUGAACGAUAAGCGGUUUAAGAAUCGCCGCCGUACAUGGUGCCCUGCCACCUCGAUUCCAGAGAGUGCCAUCCCCACACCGCUGCAUUGCGGACCGCCAGAGCCCAAACAGGACCAUCGAAAAUCGAAGCUUUCCCAUCUGCCGAAGCCGAUGUUCUUUCUCAGCUCGCACAUCAGACACCGCGCCGACAACGGUCCCAAGACCAUUAAUAUCAUGAAGUCGCUGGACAUUGGCACUAGUGAAGAGGAAUUCAGCCCUGCCGAGCUCAUCGACUUUGGUCUGAGGCCCUCGGAUGUUUUGAGGACGAAAGAGCUUACCAGAGCUGAGCUCUCUCUCACGCCCAAUGUGGGAGUUUCAAGCUUGAUGGAGAAAACGAAAAUCGAUCGCUUGGAGCUGCAAAUGUUCACCUCUUUAGAGAAGCAGUUCGAAGCGGACUGGGAAAAGUCCCAGGCUCUGGCAGAGAAGUUGUCCGAGGUGACAGCCCAGCGCGAUGAGCUAGAGUCAGAGAGCCAAAAGAAUGCCCAGCGUUGCGAAGCCCUGCAGGCCGAGGUAGUGGCAGUCAAUGCCAAGAACACAGAGUACGAGGAGCAGCUGAAGGCCUUGAAGGAGACCAUUCAGAAGCUGGAGGUGGAGAAUCGUGGAGCUGUGAGCUUGGAGUUCGAGUACCAGGCCCACAAAACCAAAUCAAAACUACGAGAGACCGAUCUACUGUCGGCUCUGUCGGAGAAGGAUUUGGCCAUCGAAAAUUUGCAGAAAGCUCUCGAUGAAAUCUCCCGCGAUGUCCUGCGCAACAGCAAGGAGGAGCUAAUGCGCUCCAUUUGCCCCGAGCUGGAGUCAAGCCCCGAGAGAAUCUGCACCAAGUGUCUGGAAUUUGAAAGCCUCUUGGCCGAUGCCGAUACAAAGCUGGAGAACGUUCAGGUGGCCUUUACCCAGAAGACGGAGGACUGCGAGCGCCUCAAUACCCAAAUAUCCACAGCCCAUGACGACAUGGCUAUUCUGCAGGGAAAGUACGAUAGUCUGGAGCAGAAUUUGCAGAGCCAGCAGCAGGCCUUUGAGGCCAUGGAGGCAGACUAUAAUUUACUCCAACAGAAGUACCAGCAGCUGCAGCAGGAGUACGAGGAUCUGAGGCGAACGUCGAGUGCUUCCGAAGAGCAGGUUCUGCUGCUGGAGGCAGACAACACCAGACUGCAGGCCGAGAUUGUCACUCUGAGGGAGCUAGUGGAGGAGGCGCGUCUGCUCUUGGAAGCUCCCAGUCCCGAGACGCUUGCGGAACAGCUCAAGGCCGAGAGCGAUCAGCUCAAGGCAGAGCUGGCGAAUGUCCAGACGAGCUUUGCGAAGAUUCAGGAAGAGUACGAUUGCAUGUCGAACCAGCUAUUGGACAGUGUGGAGGAAUGCGAUGUCCUGCAGAACGAGGUCAGCGCUCUGCGUGAGCAACUUAAGCUGCGACGGUCGAUGCCCAGCUGCGACAUCGAGUCCAUGAAGAGCUCAGGCGUUGGCACCGAGUGCAGUGAUCUUGAUUCCGACGCAGACAGCGGAUUUUUGGAGAAGUUUGCCCGGCUGUCAGAUUCGCUGCACGAGAUAGAGCUGCAGCAUCGCUCGGGCAGCAGUCGCCUCUUCAGGGCCACUAAGAUUCAUGAGCAGAAUGUGCCCGGCCUGAAGCUUUGCCUCGAGUCAGCUACAGACAUACACACCGUCUCUCACCCGCUCGAUGAUGAUACAGCCGAUGAGGUGUGCCUGAAGGGCGUGCUGCGACAGCACAGGUUCCAGAUUAUCAGACUCACCCAGGAGUCAUCGCCAGGGGAAGAAGAGGUGGAGAAGAGACGUCUGCUCGACCACAUUGCUCGGCUGGAGAUGGAGAUUGCGGAGAAGAAUAUGCUGAUCGAUGUCACGGAGGGAACUAUUAACGAGAUGCGCGAACAGAUGACCGACCUGGAGUCGGCUCUCCUGGAGAAGUCGGUGAUCGUCAACAAGGUAGAGUCCUACCAGCAACAGAUCGAGUCCCUAGAGAAGCAGAAUGCCGAGAUAACCAUCGUCUGUGAGGAGCUGCAGGAGAAGGUGAAGGAGAACACACAGAGCGAGAGUCUCAUGCUAUCCCAUGGCGACGAUACCCUGCCCGGCAGCACAUCCCCCUUGUUGCUGCCAGACCAGGAGGCAUCCGAGAUAGCUGCCCUCAAGACAUCCCUUUCCGAGCUGAAGGACAAAGUCGCCGAGCUCCAAGGCCGAGUGGAGAUACAACUGUUGCAGUUGCAGCAAAAGGACAACCAUAUCGAUCAGCUGCGUACGGAAAUCGAGGAGCUGAAUGAGCGCUGCAUGUCCAUGGAGGUGAAGCAAGUGGAGCUCCAAUCGAAUGCCAGCCAGAAGCAGCAGCUCCUGGAAAGACAAGCGGAGAAGUUGGCAGACGACGUCCAACGCAUCGACCAGCUACAGGAAACCAAUGCGAAGCUCGUCGAGCGCAGCACCAAGGCUGAAGAGUCCCUGUCGGAGAUGCAGGAGCGUUUGCUGCAGAACAAUGGAGACAUCCAGACUGUUGAAGAAGACCUAAAGAGUGCCAGAGAUUCCAUCGAGACUCUUCAAAAAGAUCUGAUGAGUGCCGGAGAUCGCAUCGAGACUCUUGAAGAAGCCCUAAAGACUGCCAGGGAUUCGAUAGAGGCCAUUGAACAAACGAAAACAGAUGAACUGAACGCCCUUAAGCUGGAGUAUCUCGAUAAAAUAGAGCAGAGCGAGAACGAAUAUCGCGCCAACUUCCGCAAAUACAACGCGGAGUGGGAGGAGGGCAAGGACCGCUACGAACAGAACGUGGCCAGUCUCGUGGCAGACCAAGCCAAAGCUGCUGCUCAACACCAGGCAGAGCUGGAGGACAUCAAGACAGAGCAUAAUUUGGUCUUAGAUCAGCUGAGGCAGGAGAAGCUCGAACUUGAGUCGCUUUGCGCGAAGAGCCAGGAAUUGGUGGAGGAACUACAAUCGCAGAUGAACGCCCACGACCGCAGCUCAUCCGAACAGCUGGAUGAGCUGAUAGCCGUCGAAAAGCAGAGGAAUCAAGAUCUUAAAGAGAGAUGCGAGGAGCAUAUUUUGGACUACGAACAGCAGAUUUCUAAAAUCCAAGCUGACCUGGAUAAGCUGAAGGAGGAGAAGAUGGCUCUGCACUCCGAGAUCAAAGAGGCGGAAUCGCAGCAUGCGAGCACUUUGGAGAAGAUUCAAGUAAUGGAGCGAGAACUGGAAACCCUGAGCAAGCAGACAGCCUUCGAGAAGGCUGAACUACUCGACAAACUUGAGACUUUCAGCUCGAAAAACAGUGAUCUCAAUGAAGAGCUACAGAGGGCCCAGAAGAAGGCUCUCGGCUUUGAAGACCUACUCUCUCAGCAUCAGAGGUUGCAAGAGUGCUUGUCCGAGGCCACUGGGGUUAACAUUACGCUAAGAGAACAAGUAGAGAACCUACAGAGCGAGCUCAACAGUUCCCAGAAAGAGCAAAGCGAUCAAACCGUUGUAAUCGAAAAUCUUCAAUCGGAACUGAUCGGCGCCUUCGAAGUGAUGGGGUCUGCGACCGCACAGGAGUCUGUUCUGAAGCAUCAGCUGCAGAUAAUGGAGACCAAGAUUUCUAGUCAGGCAGCACAUUUCCAACGGGAGGUGGCAGCGCUGACGAGUUCAAGGAACGAGCUGCAGCUGAAGCUGGAGUCCCUGCAAGAGAGCAAAACGAAGCUGGAGUCGAGCAGUCAAGACCUAGAAGUGGCAAUGAAAAAUGCCAGAAACCUCCAAAGUAUGCUGGACGAGGAGCAACAAAUGUGUUGUUCUCUGCGCGAUGCCUCCUCGAAACUGGAGGAAUCCAAUGCCCAGCUAGUGGGUCAACUAAAGGAAAAGGAUGCAGCAUGUGAGGCCUUCCAGGAUUCCUUGUCUCGGCAGAAUAUGGCUCUCGAAGAAGCCAAUGUCAAAUGCUUGGAAAUGCGGCAGGAAGUGAAGGAGGCCCGCAUGUCCGUGGAGGAACUAAAAAAUGAAUGCGAAACACUGCGAACAUCUCUAAAUGCCGCUUUGGCCCAGCAAGAACAAGUCCUUGCAGAAUCCGAUAAGCAAUGCCUCGAACUUCGUCAGAAAAUUGAGGAAAGUCGCCAGUUAGUAGCUCAACUCAUGGAAAAGGAAGCAGUUUGUGAGACCCUUCAGGAUUCCUUGUCUCAGCAGACACAGGCUCUCGAAGAAGCCAAUAAAAAGUGUGUGGAAAUGCGGCAGGAAGCUGAAGAGGCUCGCCAGUCCGUGGCGGCACUGACCAAAGAGUGUGAAAGUCUGCAAACGGCACUGAAAACAACUGAGACGGAACGCGAUUCCUUGCGCAAUGCUGCGGCCCAGCAAGAACAAAUCCUUGCAGAGACCGAUAUGAAAUGCCUCGAACUGCAACAGGAAAUUAAGGAGAGUUUCAAUUUAGUUGCUCAACUCAAGGAGAAGGAUGCACUCUGUCAGACCUUCCAGGGUUACUUGUCUCAGCAGACACAGGCUCUCGAAGAAGCCAAUGGCAAGUGCUUGGAAACGCGGCAGGAAUUGGAGGAGGCUCGCCAGUCCGCGGCGGCACUGACCAAAGAGUGUGAAAGUCUGCAAACGGCCAUGAAAACCAUUGAGGCGGAACGUGAUUCUUUGCGUAUUAGUGCAGCACAGCAAGAAAAAACUCUCGCUGAAACCAAUAAAAAAUGUUUGGAAAUGCGGCAGGAAUUGGAGGAGGCUCGCCAGUCCGUGGCGGCACUGACCAAAGAGUGUGAAAGUCUGCAAACGGCCAUGAAAACCAUUGAGGCGGAACGUAAUUCUUUGCGUAUUAGCGCAGCCCAGCAAGAACAAACUCUCGCUGAAACCAAUAAGAAAUGCUUGGAAAUGCGGCAGGAAGUGGAGGUGGCUCGUCAGUCAGUAGCUCAAGUCAAGGAAACGGAUGCAGCAUGGGACGCCUUACAGAAUUCCUUAUCACAGCAGAAAUUGGCUCUCGAAGUAGCCAAACAAAAAUGUUUGGAAAUGCACCAGAAAGAUGAGCAGUCUCGCAAGUCAGUGGCGACACUGACCAAAGAAUGCGAAACGCUUCGCACAACAAUGAAAACCAAUGAGACUGAUUAUCGCACUGAAAUGGAACGCGUACACGCUACUGCGUCGAGUCUUUUGGAGGAUAAACGCAACCUAGAAGAAAAGGUGUGCACUCUGAAUGAUAUUGUGGAGAAGCUACAGGGUGACUUGACUGCCCUUCAAGGACUCAAAGCCAACGCCAGCAAUGUGUCCAAUGAGUCCAAUGCGUCCAGCACGUCGCCCUUUGCACCAAGAAAAUCGAUAAGCUUUGAGUCCGACUGGCGUAAGAACCGACGGCUAAGCGUACACGAUGAGCGUCGCAGGCAGUCUUACUGGAACAACGUGCGCGAUUGGGGAACCAUGACGGAUCCCGUGGACAAGAACUGCAACUGUGUUGAGCUCAACCAAAAGCUGCAGGACUGCCAGCGAGACCUUUUUAUACGGGAGAGCCAGGUGACAGCAUUAAACAUUGAACUCAAAAACCAUCCUCUGAAAGACGAGAAUGCCCAGCUACAAAAACGACUAUUGGAAGAACAGGAAAAAGCACGUGCCGAACUGAAGCGUCUUAAGCUGAAGAAUCAAGAUCUCACUUACAAGGUCAAUGACAUGACUGCAGCGGCAUCUGCAUCAGUCCAAGCCCAAGCAUGCAGAAUAACCCCUGCGAUGAUCUCGGUGGAUACACAGACAGAGUCUGACUUGGAGAAGGUCCUGGAGAAGACAAACCUAAAGUAUCAAGACACACUUACACUGUGCCGCAUCCGCUACUCUAAGAUCCAAGAUUUGGAACAGAGACUAAAGGAAAACGAAAAUUGCGACACCUCCAACCUGACCUCCCUUACAGAAGGCCAAAUCAAUGCGCUUAAGGCCCAAUGUGAGGCGCACAAGAAGGAAAAAUUAGCCAUUAACGAUAAAUACGAGUACGCUAAACGAGUGCUCAAGAUGCGCAAGGAUGAGGUGAUCGAACUUCGCACUAAAAUCGCUGUCUACGAGGCAGCCUCUACAGCCAAAUAAGUCACUAUAUUAUCAUAGUUUAGUUGUAUAUAACCUUUAGUUCUCUAUGCCCGUACCAAGAUCAAAUCGUUUGUUUCUAAUUAUUUAUUCCAUGUGAGAAGUCAAAACUUUCAAUAUUUUUCGGAGUAUUUUAAAUGUAUUUAUGUACUUGUCAUUAAGUUUAGUGUUGCAAGGUGGACAUGUAUCGAAUACACAGCUACGCUGCCUACUGCAUAUUUCUGUACUAAUCUAAAAUUAUACGGUCCUUUAUAACUUAAGAAUUCUAAA